UCUGACGAGCUCGGCGGCGGGUUUGCGAGACCUGGGGCCGGUGGCAGCUGGUGCUGGCUGGCGGCUGCCGAGCGCGAGCGGUGGAGCGGGGCGGUGUGUGGCUGGGGACAUGACGGGCAAUGCCGGGGAGUGGUGCCUCAUGGAAAGCGACCCCGGGGUCUUCACCGAGCUCAUUAAAGGAUUCGGUUGCCGAGGAGCCCAAGUAGAAGAAAUAUGGAGUUUAGAGCCUGAGAAUUUUGAAAAAUUAAAGCCAGUUCAUGGAUUGAUUUUUCUUUUCAAGUGGCAGCCAGGAGAAGAACCGGCAGGCUCUGUGGUUCAGGACUCUAGACUUGAUACGAUAUUUUUUGCCAAGCAGGUAAUUAAUAAUGCUUGUGCCACUCAAGCCAUAGUAAGUGUGUUGUUGAACUGUACCCAUCAAGAUGUCCAUUUAGGAGAGACAUUAUCAGAGUUUAAAGAAUUUUCACAAAGUUUUGAUGCAGCUAUGAAAGGUUUGGCACUGAGCAAUUCGGAUGUGAUUCGACAAGUACACAACAGUUUUGCCAGGCAGCAAAUGUUUGAAUUUGAUGCGAAGACAUCGGCAAAAGAAGAAGAUGCUUUUCAUUUUGUCAGUUAUGUUCCUGUUAAUGGACGACUAUAUGAAUUAGAUGGAUUAAGAGAAGGACCGAUUGAUUUAGGUGCAUGCAAUCAAGAUGACUGGAUCAGUGCAGUGAGACCAGUCAUAGAAAAAAGGAUACAAAAGUACAGUGAAGGCGAAAUUCGAUUUAACUUAAUGGCCAUUGUGUCUGACAGAAAAAUGAUAUAUGAACAGAAGAUAGCAGAGUUACAAAGACAACUUGCAGAGGAGGAACCCAUGGAUACAGAUCAGGGUAGUAAUAUGUUAAGUGCUAUUCAAUCAGAAGUUGCCAAAAACCAGAUGCUUAUUGAAGAAGAAGUACAGAAAUUAAAAAGAUACAAGAUUGAAAAUAUCAGAAGAAAGCAUAAUUAUCUGCCUUUUAUUAUGGAAUUGUUAAAGACCUUAGCAGAACACCAACAGUUAAUACCACUAGUAGAAAAGGCAAAAGAAAAACAGAAUGCAAAGAAAGCUCAGGAAACCAAAUGAAGAAGAUUGUGUCCACGUUUCUGCUUCUUCCACUGAUGUUCAUGGAAACCAUUAAGUAUACAGAACUUUGAGCAACAUCCUAAUUGAUUCAGUGCACGUUUGGCAAUAGUGCGAGUCUGUCUUGUCUUUAGUGCAUGGAUUCAUAAACUUUUCCCCUAGCUGCAUCAUGUGCAUGUAAUGCAUAUUAAAUAAAAGUGAUAAUAAGAGUGCUUGCCCAAAUUCCAUUAUUUGACAUUGGAACUGAGAACUGCUAGAUAUGUAUCAUACCAUAAUUAACUUAAAAAGUGCACAAAUGGUAUUCUUUAUCUGCAACUGUUGUACUUAAAAUUUUCUGAUCUUUGUAUUCAGUUGCAUAGUUACAAUUUAUAAAUUGCAGAUCUCAACUAAACUGGAUGUCCUGUAUCAUUAAUAGGAAAAAAAAUCAACAUUUUUAUCUUUGAUAUAUGAGUGUUUUGAGGAUGUUAAAACAAGUUGUAUCUCCUAUAUCAAUUUAUUUGGAAAAGUAUGAUUUUUAAGGCUGAUAAUUUGAAGUGAACAAAAGUAUAAUUUUCAUCACGAUUUUUGCAGACAUUCUUCAGGUGUUUGGGUUUAAUCAUUUAUGUAUUGUAGAGUUGUUCUGGGAAUGUCUGAGUACUGUGCUUCAAGGAAAAAUUUCAGGUUAAGAAUAAAUUGUAAAUCUUAAAAUGUUUUGGUGUUACUUGCAGUUUGUCAACCUUUUUUUAAGUUGUUAAGCUGUGUCUCUUGAAAAUGGUUGACAAUUCAGGCUACCUGCUUUGAAGAAGUGACGGCAGUCGGGGGAAUCCUUCUGUGCCAAUUUGAACAAAAUUAGUAUACCCGACAGUUUUCUAGAGCCAUGUACAAUUUGCUUCACAGUGGAUUUUUUAAAUUGCUUUUAAGAGUUGCUUUUUUUUUCUUACAAAGUAAUGCUGUACUAUAUUCUUGCUCAUGAUCUUUUCCAAGGUAAACUUUAAAGGAAAUUUUAUAAAAGUUUUUAUAAGGAAAUCUACCUUUUUCUUUACCAAGCACGUAUCUGAAGCUGAUUCAUGACUUUUAAAACAUUUUAUUAUUUAUUGUAAAAUAAAUUUGACAUAAUUUAUUUUAUUAGGGAAAACUGUGUGCCCAUCUUUUAGCUUCAACACAUGAGUUUUUUGAAGAUUAUUUUUAAGCUUACUAAUUGUGUAUUAAAUGACUUAAACUAAUGAAGGAAAAUUGGUGGGAAAUAGAAUAGAAAAAUGAGCAAAAUAUUUUUUCAUACAGAAUUUAAAUUGAUAAUAAAGAGUAAUGUGUAGGUUUUCAGUUAUUUGUGGGUAAAUAUAUUUUGGUCUUGAUACAGUAGUAAUUAUGGAGUGUUUCAAAGCUGUGAUACAAUUUUUAAAAACAAUUUCCUAAGGCCUAUUUUAGGCUCGUGUUGAUCCCAUAAUUUAUUUCAGUUCAAUUUAUAUAUCCUCUUUUAUUGAGGCUUAAAUUUUGUAAAACAAUGUAAGGGUUAUUAUAGUAAGUAGUACCCAGUAAUCAAUAUGGCAUGAUGCUGACAUAAGGAUCAACAAAUCAGCAAAGUACAAGAGAGAGCCUAAAACAGAUUCACAUUUAUGUGAUCACUUGAAUUUCAACAAAGGGAGCAAAGCAAUCCAACAGGGAAGGAAACUCUCUUGAAAAAUGUAGCCAGAAUAGAACAGCUGAAUAUCCACAUGAAAAACAAUGAACUACGACCCCCUACCUCACAAAAGUUAAUUUUAGGUGCUUCAUAGACCUAAGGAUACCUGCUAAAAAGUACAUUGCUUUUCAGCAGAAUGCAUAGGUGGGUAUAUUUGUGACUGGAGAUAGCCCAAGGUUUCUUAGGUCACAGAAAGCAAUAAUCAUAAAAGAUCCAAGAUUAGAGUUUGUCAUUGAAAGACACUGUUAAUAAGAGUAACUAGUAUCAAAUAGUAUUUAAAAAAUAACUUUAUAAAACUACUGUGUUUGUAGAUACAGACAUUUUUGGUUAUUAAUCUAAUUCUACUAAAAUUUCCUGAUAGGAAUUUCCAUAGCUUUAGAAUGGUUUAUUUGCUGCUUCUUUGAUGAUUGCAAAUGCAUUGUUACACUUAAUGAUUAUUUCUGCCUGUGAAUAAAGAAAUAUGACUUGA